GUGCUAUCGUCGAUCCCCUCCUCUACACGAAAACACGAAAAGUGUCCGAGAGAAAGAAAGAGAGAGAAUUGGGAUACCAACCGACCCUACCCUACAAGCAACAAUCAUGACCACUCCACGUACCGGGUAUGAAGACCAUUUCGGCAUCGACAACAUUCCCUUUGGAAUCGCCUCCAUUGGCAAAGAAAGCAAGCCGAGCACAGUCACUCGCUACCAAGACCAAGUCAUUUUCCUCCAAUUCCUCGACCACAUCUUCUCCACCAUCCCGAGCCUCCCCAAAGACAUUUUCCAACAAUCCACCCUCAACGCCUUUGCAUCUCUCGACCCCCAAAUCCAUCUCCAAGUCCGCCAACUCAUCCAAUCCGAAAUCCAAAAAACCACCAAUGACGACCUGGCAAAACGUUUCCCCCCAGACUCCAUCCAACCCAUUUCUGCAGUCCACAUGCACCUCCCCAUCACCAUUGGCGAUUUUACAGAUUUCUCCUGCUCGCACCACCACGUCCAAAACGCCUCCGAAGCAAUGACCGGUCAACGUUCCCUCCCUCCAGCCUUUUACCAUUUCCCCAUCGGUUACGCCGGCCGCUGCUCCAGCAUCGACGUCUCGGGAACACCAGUGAUUCGCCCACUGGGCCAACACUGGAGCGGCGCAGCCAUGAAAUCCGACGUGGUAUUUAGCGCGUGCGAGAAAAUGGAUUAUGAACUCGAAUUGGGCGCUAUCAUUGGAACACCUGUGCCUCGCAAUCAGAGAAUUACGGCCCAGGAGGCUGAAGCGCAUAUUUUUGGUUAUGUGCUGGUGAAUGAUUGGAGUGCGAGAGAUAUUCAAGCGCUGGAAAUGUUGCCUUUGGGACCGUUGAAUGGGAAGAAUGCGGGCACGACGUUGUCGCCGUGGAUUGUGACGAGUGCUGCUUUGGAGAAAUUUCGGGUCGGAGCUCCGCAGAGGUUGGAGAUGAAGGAGGAUGUGAUGUAUUUGCGAAAUUCAUCGGGGAAUGGGGCUCUUAGUGUGGAUUUGACGGUUGAUGUUCAGACGUCGAAGGACAGUGCCGAGAAAACUACAAUGUGUCGCAGUAACAGUUCGUGGAUGUAUUGGACUCUUGCACAAUGUGUCGCACACCAAGCCAUUGGAGGUUGUGGAUUGCGUACAGGAGAUUUACUCGCUACGGGAACGGUCAGUGGAGGUGGGGAUGCUGAACAUGGUUGUUUGUUGGAAUUUAUGAAGCAGGGUGCUGCCACUGCACCUCCGAGAGGGUAUUUGGAGGAUGGGGAGACGGUGACGCUUUCGGGGUAUUGUGGAAAGGGAGUCGGGUUUGGAGAGUGUGUGGCUACGUUGAUGCCGGCUAGGGAAAUGUGAUUUGGAUGGUGGUGAGGAUGGGCUUUUUUGGUAAGGUAGAUUGAUGAUGAUGAUGGAAAUGAAUAGAUGAAAUAAAAAAUCACAAAAGUGUGGUUUUUGUUUCGCUGGAUUUGCUUAUUGGAAUCAUUAAAUGUCAAAUUCUCCACCUUCUCCCAUCCAUGCAUCCAUCCAUCUCACAUAUCCCAAGAUCAUCACUACAAUACCACUACCACUCCCCACCAAUCUUCGCCUUGAAAAGAUCAUCAUUCAAUUUCCCCGCCGUAGACCUCCACACCGAACUCGCAGUAGCCUGCAUCCAAACCCCCCCAAACAUAACUCGAAUAAAAUUCCUCUCAAUCGCAUUAUUAAAUUCAUUCCUCCCUCCACUCUCAAUCAAACUCGGAUUCACAGGGCGAUACGCCGGCACUCGUCUCCAUUGUGUUUCCCACUCUGCUGGAGAAGAGGAGGAAUCUCCUGCGGGUCGUGUGUUGGGAGAGGGAGCUUCGGAGGCGCGGUCGUGAGAGGGUUGGCUGUGGUGGAGAUCGUAGUCGGCGAGAGUGUGGCGGAGAGAGGUGACGCGGGCGUUGUCGGUUGUUGUGACGGACAUUUUUUUUUUAUUUUGUUUUUAUUCUAUCUUUUUGAUAUACUGCGGCUUUGCUGAUUCGGGGUUUGGAGGUGUGUUUUUUUGUCGUGGUGAGAAUAUGGUGGUGUGGUAGUAGGAGGAGAUG